AGCAGGGACAUAUCAGAAAAACUGAACCCAUAUAUUCUGAGCGAGACAUUCCCUUAUGAUGAGCAGCCUCAUUAACUUUCUGAACUCCAAGUUCAAGCCCACCGUGGUGAGUAAAGACGCCUGCGAGGAUGGCUUUACGGCAGGCAAUCUUGUCGCCGAAGAUGCAAGGCAGCUAGAGCGGGGUUUUAAGGGCUCCACCAUCUGCAAACUGCCCGUUGAGAUCGUCUUCGACUUUCCCAAGGCCGUCGACAUGAAGAUCAUCAAGCUUUGGCCCUCCAUCGGGGCCAUGCGCUGCACGGCUUUCGAGCUCUAUGGUCGCCACAAUGGCAACUGGGAGCGUAUAGCCUUCGUAAAGGAUCUGCGCCAUAACGUGGACUCGGUCAUUUUCUGCUACCGAAACGACUACAGCUCCUCCAUCACGGAGCAACCUCACAGCGAGAAGUUGUUCUUCUUGAAGUCAGCUCGCAAGAUUCUGGCCAGCACCAACAGCAUCAAGGUGGUCAUCCUGGCCACCGAAGGCUGUCCGCCGGUGCUGCGUAAGGUGGAGAUGUGGGGUCUGCCCGCCCGCUCACUGGACAAGGCCGACAGAGAGCAGGUGAAAACCAUUUGGAGCGAUAUCCGCGGUUUCUACGGCCAGGACGAUGUCCCACCGAGAAAUUUUGAUCCAACAACCAUUCCCCAGCUAAAGGAGCAGUCCUCAUUAACCAUUCCAGAUAAAUUCCUGGACUCCAUCACCUUGGAGCUAAUGAUGCACCCCACUGUUUUGCCCUCCGGCAAAGUGGUAGACCGGUCCACCAACGACAGGUUUGCCGCGGAGGAGGCCAAGUGGGGCCGCCAGGCAUCGGAUCCUUUCACUGGCCUCGUGUUCAAUGCCGAGCGUAAGGCCAAAAAUAACUUGGACCUAAAGACGCGCAUCGAAGAGUUCCUCAUUAAGCAUUCGGAGCACUUUAAGAUGGUGCCACGUUACCUGGAAGCUUCCUGGAUACGUCGCCACUUCAGGAAGGCAGCUGACAGUCUGAACAAGCAGCAGCAGGCUAAGAAAAGGUCCAACUCCUCAUUGGCUUCUGGAUCACCAUCCUCAUCGCCGGCGGCCAAGAAAGCAAAGCUCAGCCACCAAGGCGAUACCUUGACAUUCAGCAGCGCAUUUACUUCGGCCUCCUCAUCAUCAUGCUCCUCCAUCGACCUGGCCAACCAGCAGGCCACCUCUAGCACCAAAUUGGGUUUACCGGCCAAGUGCAUUAACUGUCGUAGCGCCCAGUUUCACUACGAGAUUCGCACCUGUCGCCACGUGGUUUGCAGGGAUUGUCUGGCUGCACUUUUCCGUUGCCAGGUGUGCGCCUGCAAGUUCUCCUUUCUUGCUGCCGACGUGAAGCGUUACCAAAAUGUUGGAUCCUUAACCAUCUAG